AUGAAAUUCCCUCUACUUCUGGCUCUUCUAGUCGGGGGAGUGUCUGCUCUUCAUCUGAGGUCUGAAGCUUCCGACUCUAAAAGCCCAUUGACUGAUGAGAACUUGCCUAGGGAUGCAGAGAUGCCAAGAGCGGAAGUAGAAGAGUAUUCUCCUGGGGAGGAGCUAAUGCCACUGGAAGAGGAGGAAGGUUCUGGAAGCAAAAGUGCUCCAGGGGAUGAGGGAGCUGUCUCAGGCCAGGAUGCGAUGGAUGGGGACCUUCAGUGCCCCAAGGAAGAGGACACAAUGAGUCUGACGGGUGUCUCUGGAUGCAAGACCUGCCGCUACGUCCUAGUUCAGUCGGCCGAACGGUUUGACAAAGCUCAGUCAGUUUGCAGGCGCUGCUACCGGGGCAGCCUUGCCUCCAUCCACAGUUUCCACGUUAACUUCCGAAUCCAGUGCUCUGUCAGGAGAAUCAACCAGGGUCAAGUCUGGAUCGGAGGCAGGAUCGUGGGCUGGGGCCGUUGCACACGCUUUCAGUGGGUUGAUGGAAGUUCUUGGAAUUUUGCAUACUGGGCUUCUGGCCAGCCUGGCCGUGGUGGUGGCAGAUGUGUGGCUCUGUGUACCCAAGGAGGCCACUGGCGUCGGUCUCACUGUGCCGAGAGGCGUCCCUUCAUCUGUUCGUUCUGA